AUGUCUAUGGUCGACGAGCCGCUUUACCCUAUCGCAGUGCUUAUAGACGAGCUAAAGAACGAUGAUAUUCAGCUUAGAUUGAAUUCCAUCAGAAGGCUCUCGACGAUCGCACGCGCUCUCGGAGAGGAGAGGACGAGAAAGGAGCUGAUCCCUUUUCUCAGCGAGAACAAUGACGACGACGACGAGGUGCUGCUCGCAAUGGCUGAAGAACUGGGAGUGUUUAUUCCUUACGUUGGAGGCGUCGAGCACGCGCAUGUCCUGCUUCCGCCUCUGGAGACUCUCUCGACGGUUGAGGAAACCUGUGUGAGGGAGAAAGCUGUGGAGUCGCUUUGCAGAGUUGGUUCUCAGAUGAGGGAGAGUGAUUUGGUUGAUCACUUCAUACCGUUGGUUAAGAGACUUGCGGCUGGUGAGUGGUUCACGGCGAGAGUAUCAGCGUGUGGGGUUUUCCAUAUUGCAUACCCUAGCGCUCCGGAUGCGGUGAAGACGGAGCUGAGAUCGUUGUAUAGCCAGCUCUGUCAAGAUGACAUGCCGAUGGUGCGGAGAGCUGCAGCAACCAAUCUGGGGAAGUUUGCUGCUACGAUUGAGUCGGCGCAUUUGAAGACUGACAUUAUGUCCAUGUUUGAGGAUCUUACUCAAGAUGAUCAAGAUUCCGUUAGAUUAUUGGCUGUUGAGGGUUGUGCUGCUCUUGGGAAAUUGUUGGAGCCCCAGGACUGUGUCGCACACAUUCUUCCUGUGAUUGUGAAUUUCUCACAGGAUAAGUCAUGGCGUGUGCGCUAUAUGGUUGCAAAUCAGCUCUAUGAGCUUUGUGAAGCCGUGGGACCUGAGCCUACUAGGACCGACCUUGUGCCUGCAUAUGUGCGUCUACUCCGUGACAAUGAGGCUGAAGUACGGAUAGCAGCUGCUGGAAAAGUUACCAAAUUUUGUCGGAUUCUAAACCCUGAGCUUGCUAUUCAGCACAUUCUCCCCUGUGUAAAGGAACUUUCAUCGGACUCUUCUCAGCAUGUCAGAUCUGCAUUGGCUUCAGUUAUAAUGGGAAUGGCUCCAGUCUUGGGUAAGGAUGCAACAAUCGAGCAUCUACUUCCAAUCUUUCUUUCUCUACUGAAAGAUGAGUUUCCGGAUGUACGCUUGAACAUUAUCAGCAAACUCGACCAAGUGAAUCAGGUUAUUGGGAUUGAUCUACUAUCGCAAUCCUUGUUACCAGCUAUUGUAGAACUUGCAGAAGAUAGACACUGGAGAGUGAGACUUGCCAUAAUUGAGUAUAUCCCCUUGCUGGCUAGUCAGUUAGGUGUUGGCUUCUUUGACGAUAAGCUUGGCGCUCUUUGCAUGCAAUGGCUACAAGACAAGGUUCACUCAAUCCGCGAUGCUGCUGCAAAUAAUCUUAAGCGGCUUGCUGAGGAGUUUGGUCCUGAAUGGGCAAUGCAACAUAUAGUUCCUCAGGUUCUGGAAAUGAUUAACAACCCUCAUUAUCUAUACCGUAUGACCAUUUUGCGUGCGGUUUCUCUUCUUGCACCAGUGAUGGGCUCAGAGAUCACAUGCUCUAAGCUCUUGCCUGUAGUAAUGACUGCAUCUAAAGACAGAGUUCCAAACAUCAAAUUCAAUGUCGCUAAAGUGCUUCAAUCCCUCAUUCCAAUAGUCGAUCAAUCGGUUGUAGAGAAGACGAUUCGUCCUGGACUCGUGGAGCUAAGUGAGGAUCCAGACGUUGAUGUUAGGUUUUUUGCAAACCAAGCUCUUCAGUCUAUUGACAAUGUGAUGAUGUCUAGCUAA